CUUUCUAAACGUCUCUUAUUGUUCCUCCUCCAGCGGGCCGACGUCGGUGAUGACUGCUCGCAGCCGACAGACCUGAAGGUGAAGACGGAGCCGGUUUGCAAGACGGAGCCGUCCUCGCCGGAGCCGUGCCCGGCCGAGGACCAGACCGAGCCCGUCGACCUGUCGCUCAACAAGCCCCGCCCCUCUUCGCUCCCCGCCUCCACGACGGCCAUCACAGUCAACCCCGCACCCAGCGGGAUCAUGACCCAGCCCGGCCUGUCGACCAUAUCGAUCCCCUCUGCGAUGCAGGCCAUAGGCUCCAUGGUCCUCUCUCCGGGCUCCAUCUUGGCCACUCAGGGCGCCGGGGGCCAGCAGAUCCUCCACGUCAUCCACACGAUCCCCUCGGUCACCAUGCCCAGCAAGGUGGGCCAGCUCCAGACCAUCCCCGUGGUGGUGCAGUCGCUGCCCGUCGUCUACACCACCAUGUCUACCGACGGUGUCGCCACGGCGGCCAUCACGGUGCCGCUCAUAGGGAGCGACGGGCGCUCAGAAGGAUCCAUUCGCAUUAAGCCAGGUUCAACGUCUCCGGUGGAGUAUCAGAGCGACAGCGAUGCGGAGAGCGGCACGGAGUCCGGAUCGGCCUCCCUCAGCGCCCAGAGCCUCGACGCCGGGUCGGUCAUGGACCUGGAGCCCGUCGAUCCAGAUUCUCCAGACAUCAAGAGGAGGCGGAUCCACAUGUGUGACUACGAAGGCUGUAAAAAGGUUUACACCAAGAGUUCCCACCUCAAAGCCCACCGGAGGAUACACACAGGAGAGAAACCCUACCACUGCACCUGGGAGGGCUGCACCUGGCGCUUCGCCCGCUCCGACGAGCUCACCCGGCAUUUCCGCAAGCACACGGGAAUCAAACCUUUCCGCUGCACUGAGUGCGACCGCUCCUUCUCCCGGUCCGACCACCUCUCCCUGCACCGCCGCCGCCACGUCAUGAUGUGAACUCUCACCCAACAACCUCCGCUCCCAAGCCAACCUCUGACCCCUUCAAAUCCCUCACAGCACAUCUUGUACCAGUGUCCCCCCCCCCCCCACAUAGCCUCACCUCCUGCAGCAGAUAUAAAAGGACACCGUACCUCCUUCAUCAUCCUCCUUCUUCUUCAUCUUGAAACUGCAGGAAUAUCAGGAAUGUGUGUGUUUGUGUGUGUGUGCGUGUGUGUGUGCGCAGUAGAGGUUUGGGGAUUUUUACCGUGUGUGUUUCAACACAUCAUCAUCAUCAUCAUCACCGUCCAUCCAACAGAUUUGUUGGACCCAUCUCUCCACAAGAACCUUCUCCAGGAACAAGACCUUUGCCUUUCUCUCCGACCCUUCUCACUUGGAACUGUGGCAACAUGAUCUAAACCUAACCCUCUAUACACGGUCUAUCGGGAGCCAUCUGAUCAAGGAAUAGUUAAAUAAGACAACGAAAGGUUUGAUACGCGGUCGUGCUGUGGACACAUUUCGGUUGGUACCAAAACCAAACAAAAGUAUUAAAAUUCAGUUCCCAUCUCUAAUCCUCGACCCAGAGCUCCUGAGCCCAAAAUAAAAAUGCUGGUGCUCAGUUGGACGUUCUCUCCAUCCAUCAGUCCACCAGCGAGCACUCUUAAGUUCCUGUUUUAUAAAAAAGGAUCUAAAACAAAGCAAAACUUUUGGAGACGUUUCUUGAAGGUGAAGGCUCCCCGUGUGUGUGUGUGUGUGUGUGUGUGUGUGUGUGUGUGGUGAGCCUUUCUCUCAGCAGCUGAAGUGACGUCAAACAGAUAUUUCCUGUCUGAGGCUGACCCCCCCCCCCCCCCUUCCCCCUGGUCCGGGGAGCUACAAGACUGUGAACUUUAUAAAGAUUACUUUUGUUCUAAUUGUAUCAAUCAAACUAUUGUUGUUUGCGUGCCCCCCCCCCUCGCACACACCUUCCCGAUCGCUCUUCGAUUACAGUAUUUGCUUUGUUUGCGUCGUUUUAUCAAAUAUGGCCUUCAGUCUUCUUUUCCUCCGUCCUCCUCCGCCAGGUGUGUCUCUCUUAACAACAUGGCAUCCUUUAAAACCCCUCUGUUGUGUUGUGAGGCUGUGAAAAAGACAAGACGACACAAAUAGUUUGAGAUUACAAGUAAAAACUCUCACGCAGGGAAUUAGGGGAGCUUUUCUGAGUGUGUGUGUGUGUGUGUGUGUGUGUGUGUGUGUGUGUGUAUGUUUUGAGACAAACAUGAUCAGAAUUUAAGAUUUUUACGAGUGUGUGUUCCGGGCACUUGUUGUUUUACCUCUUGCCCGUCGAGCCUUAAUAACUGAAGUCAAUCUGUGAGGGCCAAACCAGAACCACAGACCGACGGCACUUUGGCCCCCGAAGAGCCGAGAGCCUUGCUCUCUGUAGAAAGGACUUCUAGUGUUUCCAAACCCAAAGCAGGAAGUUAAACCGUGCUACGUGUUGGCACAUUUUAAUCUGGAGACAGAAAUCUGCUGCAUUGCUUUAUUUUAUUCUAAAAACCAGCAGAUUUAAAGCUUUUAGACUGUUUGCCAAGAACAGAAGAGAAAGAAUAAUACAGAAAAUGAAGGAAAUGAUGGAAAUGUGGUUUAAAUAUUGUCUCAUGGCCGUCUGUCGGUGGUUCUGGGAGAAGAACCGGGCACUGUGUGUGUCGGGUCACGGGGAAACGUAAGCACUCUCCUCACUACCAUU